AGGCGGGGGCGGGCCGGGCCGGGGUCCGAGGCGGCGGCAUGGCCGGGCGGCGGGUGAACGUGAACGUGGGCGUGCUGGGCCACAUCGACAGCGGCAAGACGGCGCUGGCGCGGGCGCUGAGCACCACGGCCUCCACCGCCGCCUUCGACAAGCAGCCGCAGAGCCGCGAGCGCGGUAUCACGCUCGAUCUCGGCUUCUCCUGCUUCGCGGUGCCGCUGCCCGAGCGCCUGCGGCCGGCGCUGCCGGCGCCCGAGGCCGGGUCCCAGGCCGCCGAGCCGCUGCUCCAGGUCACGCUGGUUGACUGCCCCGGGCACGCCUCCCUCAUCCGGACCAUCAUCGGCGGAGCCCAGAUCAUCGAUCUGAUGAUGCUGGUCAUCGAUGUGACCAAAGGCAUGCAGACCCAGUCGGCGGAGUGCCUUGUCAUCGGGCAGAUCGCCUGCCAGAAGCUGGUCGUGGUCCUGAACAAAACAGACCUCUUAGCCGAGGGGAAGAGACAGGCAGCAAUUGAUAAAAUGACCAAGAAAAUGCAGAAGACCCUAGAGAACACCAAGUUCCGAGGUGCACCAGUCAUACCCGUGGCAGCCAAGCCUGGGGGACCGGAGGCCCCUGAAACAGAAGCUCCACAGGGCAUCCCAGAGCUUAUUGAGCUCCUGAUGUCCCAGAUCCCCAUCCCAGUGAGAGACCCCUCGGGCCCGUUCCUCAUGGCCGUGGACCACUGUUUCUCCAUCAAAGGCCAGGGCACUGUGAUGACAGGGACCAUCCUCUCGGGCUCCAUUAGCCUCGGCGACAGCGUGGAGAUUCCUGCCCUUAAGGUGGUGAAGAAGGUGAAGUCCAUGCAGAUGUUCCAUAUGCCCGUCUCGUCGGCCAUGCAGGGCGACCGGCUGGGCGUCUGCGUGACCCAGUUUGACCCCAGGCUGCUGGAGCGUGGGCUGGUGUGCGCCCCCGAGUCCCUGCGCACCAUCCAUGCGGCCCUCAUCUCCCUGGAGAAGAUCCUGUACUUCCGGGGCCCCCUGCAGACCAAGGCCAAGUUCCACAUCACGGUGGGCCACGAGACCGUCAUGGGCCGCCUGAUGGUCUUCAGCCCGUCCCCCGAGAGCUUCGACCGCGAGCCCGUGCUGGACGCCUUUGACUUCUCCCGUGAAUACCUCUUCCAGGAGCAGUACCUGUGCAGGGACUCGGCGCCAGCGGCCAGCGACGGGGCCGAGGCCACCCCAAAGGUGGGCCAGGCCCCCGAGGGCCCCUACCCCCGGCAGCAGUGGGCCCUCGUGGAGUUCGAGAAGCCCGUCACCUGCCCCCGGCUGUGCCUGGUGAUUGGUUCCAGGCUCGAUGCAGACAUUCACGCCAACAGCUGCCGGCUGGCCUUCCACGGCACCCUGCUGCACGGGCUAGAGGACAAGAACUACACCGAGAGCUUCCUGCCCCGGCUGAAGGUCUACAAGCUGAAGCACAAGCAGGGCUUCGUGGAGCGGGUGUUGGAUGACUACAGCGUGAUCGGCCGCUCCCUGUUCAAAAAGGAGACCAACAUCCAGCUCUUCUUGGGGCUGAAAGUGCACCUGUCCACCGGGGAGCUGGGGGUCAUUGACAGCGCCUUUGGCCAGAGUGGCAAGUUCAAAGUCCGCAUCCCUGGUGGCCUCAGUCCCGACUCCAGGAAGAUCCUGAGCCUGGCUAUGAAGAAGCGUGGCAGGGCGGGCCGUGGAGAGGUGGCUGUUGAAGAGGAGGGCGCCGAGCGGCCCGAGCCUGCCCAGCCCGUCUCGCUCAGCCUUACUUUCAAGCGCUACGUCUUCGACGGUGACAAGCGCAUGGUGCAGUCUCCUUGAGCCCAGGUGGCCUCACCCAGGCCAGGCCCAGCACCCAGCUGGACGUACCUGGCCCGCCCCACGGCCCCCCACCCCUUGCCCUUGCAGGCAGCCCCGGGAUGGCGGGCCAGAAGGGUCUGUCCCCACUUGUGCCAGCCUCUGCGAAACGGCGAGCGGUCACUCAGCACCCAGGCCCAGCCGGGGACGGAGCCACGGCAGGAGGAGCGGGUGCCUGAGCGGUCAGCAUCUCCCAGGCUUCCCAGCGGCCGGCUGUCUGCAGGCCGUCCCCCACCUGCCCCAGGGGCCGGGCACUUGGCAGUUGCAAAUAAAUGUUCCAUGGCCUA